AGUGUUAUUUCCUUUAUAAACUUGAAUUUAGAUAGUUUCGAUCAGAUCUAUCAGGACAGCGGUCACAGAAGAUUGGAACAAAUUUUCAGAACAACAUCUCCUGAUAUGGUUUACAUUUAAACCUCAUAAAUUAUCUAAUGUUAAAGUUCAUCUUACAGAUUAACGCCAGCAUUUUCCACAAAAUAGGCUACAUGUGACUUGUUAUAAUUGCAAAGAAGGUUGCUUUGGGAAAAUAUGGCCGACCAUGGAUUUAAAGGCGUCUUGCGACCUCUUUGUUUAGGUGUGAUUGCUUGUGCACUAACCAUUGGACUAGUUGGAGCCAAGGCUACGGGGGACGCGUGUGAGGCUUGCCAUUGCGAUAGACAUACAUUGACUGUUGACUGCAGCAAUAGGGGUCUGACAGAGCUACCAAUCGGCAUACCAAAUGACACCGCAAAACUAGACCUUAGUAUGAACUUCUUGCGAGAGAUACCAGAAGAUUGGUUGUUGCAGUUUGAUUAUCUCGUUUACCUGAGUGUAUCCAGCAAUCAUAUUUCGAAUUCAUUUAAAGUACCACCGUCUCUCAGGUCUCUGUCUGCUGAUGAUAACCAGUUGCAAGAUAUAAGAAUGAUGAUGGAAACCGGAAAACUAUGGGAAGUAUCUUUCGAAAGAAACGAGUUGGAAGUAAUUCGAACGGAUACAUUUAGAAACUGCAAGGACCUAGCUCAAGUGGCGCUUUCUUCAAACAAGAUAUCUCAAAUCGAGCCCGGUGGUCUUAGUGUGUCUAAUUAUACCAAAAUAUUGCUGAACGACAACCCAAUUGUAGAGCUUAGUCCCGCCGCGUUUGGUGGUAGACGUUUUAAAUCGAUAGAACUCCAGGGCAAUCAUUUUACAAGCAUAGAGAGCUACACACUUGGAGGCUUUUGGGAUACUGUAACGCUCCGCAACAACAAUUUACAGGAACUUCCAGACGGACUGUUUUCAUAUAGGACAGACUCAAGACGACCUGUAUUAAGGAUUGAUCUUGCUAAAAAUCAAAUUCGAAAGGUGUCUCCAUCAACUUUCAAAGGCUUAAAAGAAGCCUAUAUUUUAUCUUUAGCUUCAAACAAGCUGAAUGAUGAGUCACUACCGAAUGAUUUAUUGGUCAACGUUACGCUUUAUACUUUGUUUGAUCUAUCAAUGAAUGAGCUGACAAAAUUUCCAAGAGAACUUCUACGAACACAAAACCGGCUCGUGCACCUUUACCUCCAACGCAACCACAUCACCGCUCUAGACGAAACCAUGUUCAAAGGACUUCACUCUCUUGCUUCACUAUACAUCUAUCAAAAUCCGAUAAUGCAGAUGGCAGACUUUCAGUUUUUUGAGACAACCCUAGAACUUCUUCUUAUGUUUCAGUGUGAUUUAUCAGAAGUUGGAAUGAGACCGUUUGCUACGAAAGGAGACACCAUGAAGCAAAUAUUGCUGCACGGAAAUCCAAUUGAACAUAUUUCCAACACCGUAUGGCGUGAUUUGGGACAUGACUGUUACGUAUCUGUUGAUAAAAGUCUUCAAGAAGUACCGCGAACGAAUCGGACAGACAUUAUUGUUGAAUUAGUCGGAGACGACUUUAUACGUCCAUUCGACAUGCUGUAUUUAGGAAGCAGUGACUUUUCAUCAUCGGGUUUUGUGUGCCAGCGAAUUUCAAAAUACGAGCGUAAAUGCAGGCCCUGUCAUCAGGGAACUUUCGGGUCGCAGUCAGGCUGUAGUCCAUGUCCGCCAGGUGGGUUUUACCAAAGCAAAACUGGUCAGUAUUCGAAUGGCGAUUUGAACUGUGAAACAUGCAAUAAAGGAACUUACGUCUCGCCUGAAGAUUCACCUGGCACGAGAGCUGCUGAUUGCAAGGUGUGUCCAACAGGGACAGACAAAAGUACCGCUGCAGGGUUCCGGGCUUGUCCGUGUGUGGACAACUAUUACCGCACUGAUCGGUUUGGCGAAUGUCAUCAGUGUCCCCACGAAGGGAUCGACUGCUCCGGGGAAUAUCAACAUCUUCGUCCGGGCUACUGGUGGACGUGGAACUGGAGCUCACAAGAAGACCAAAUCUCGCAGGAAAACCACGAUUCGUAUAUGAAUUUUGUCAGCAAUAUAGGCAUUAUGAACGACUCGUAUGACAGAAGCACGCAGAGAUUUAGCGGGAAGUUACCAAAGGUACACAAAUGUCCACGCGACGACGUGUGUCCAAAUGGUGGAUUCGGUAUCGACUCAACUUGCAGUGAAGGUUACAAGGGCUGGCUGUGUUCUGAAUGUGAAAACAAGUAUUACUCUUGGCUUGGUCAUUGUUUGGAAUGUCCAGAGUGGCCGUUAUUUGCUGUAGAAGUCUUCUGCAUCUUGCUUGUUGUCUGCCUCGUAGUCUGUUUCUUUGUGUGGGAUGCAUAUAGAAGGCAUCGUCGGAAUGAACGAAAUAUCGUGAGCGUCUUCUUAGCACGCGGGAAAAUCGUAGUUGGUUUUUGCCAGGUAGUGGGGGAAAUAUUCUCCGCUCUAGAUGACAUUCCUUGGCCAAAGAAUUUGCAGACAUUGGGCUCAGUCUUUAAGACAGUUGAGGUCAGCUUAGUUGGUUGGUUGAUUAGUCCCCGAUGCUUUAUUCCGGAUUUCACCUACCACAAUAUUUACAUUGAAUUCUUGGUCGGUUUCAGCUUCAUCAUAUUUGUUGUUCUGGUUGCUUUGUGUUACUAUGUAUUCAGAAAAUAUUACAUAAGAGACGCGCAAGGGUUGCCUGUGCACUGCAGAAAUGAUCUCAGUAAAAGUAAACGAAGAUGUUUCCUUAUUGUCGUCAUUUUGCUCUUUCUGUCGUACCCAAGCGUAUGCAGCGUUGUUAUUACUCUGUUGCCGACUGGGUGUAAGCUGUUUUACAUGGAUGAGGAUAAAAAACUCAACAUCACCUUGCUGAGGUAUGAUUACGCAAUAGACUGUGAGAGCCCAGAACACAGUGUUUACAACUAUGCCGCCCAAACAGCUAUGGUGUACGUUGUGGGUUUCCCGCUCGCAUUGCUCAUUCUUCUGUGGUAUAGCAAAAGAAAGACCACCAAUGGAGAAGAUCAAGCCUCCGUUUCGAGUCAGGAUUCAGAUCAAGUGUUGCCCGGUACCUCCAAUGAUGGGAUAGAGGAUACAGAAGCACCCGUGUCGAGUCAGAAUUCGGGUCAAGUACUGCUUGUUGUCACCAAUGAUAUGACAGAUGACUUUAAUAACCUUGUCACAGAGUCAGAUGCAACUGUAUUUCAUGACACCUCAGAGCCAGAUGCGAAAAUUAGCUGGCAAAGUUUUCUGUGUGAAAACUACAAAGCCGAGUUCUGGUACUGGGAGAUCAUUGAACUUACCCGUAAGAUCCUGCAGACGCUCUUCAUACUGCUGUUUGGACCCGAGGACCACUUCACACUCUUCAUGUCUGUCUUCUUGUCUGUCUUCUUUCUGCUCAUCCACGCCUACCUGAAACCAAUGAAGGAUGCAGCUGAACAGCGGCUUCAGAUGUGCUCGCUUGGUAUCAUCUUCAUAAACAUGCUGGCGGCGUCCUUGCUCAUCAUGCCAAAUGACGAUGGGCCAAUUGUAGAUGAUAGAAAGGGAAUUCUUUCAACUGCGUUAGUUCUUCUUAAUCUCAGCAUUGUUGUUUUCGUUGCAAUAAGCUCCGUCUGGACUGGCAUCAAGACUCUUUCGAGACAUGGAUGCUUUGCUUGUAUAAGAAAUUCAUCGGUGCAGAUGUAUAGAUGGUGCCGAAGACGCUACAAGAUAGAGCAAGAUGGCUAUCUGGACGACCAACACUUUUCACUUUUUGACGAACAGGAUGAGCAGACCAAUGAAGGCCAAGACGCUUCCUCAGUGGUUCCAGUGACUAAUUAACUAUUAUUGGCCUGACAGUGAAGUUAGAAUCUAAAAUGAAUAUAAUUUUAGAUGCUGGGCUGCCGGACCAAUUUAUUGGGUAGUGAAUAACACUGUAAUAUAUUGCUAUAUUUAGUUAGUUGUUUCAUAAGAAGGCUGAUGCAAGAUCUUAAACAAAAAUCAUAGCAAUUUAAAAUGGAUGUUUUGUUCGAGGCUGAUGAUUUAAUCGGGCAAGUCGUUUUUUUGUAUUAAAAAACAAGUUAUGGGUUACAUUUUUAUUCAGACACUUUGUAUGGUAUUUAGGGGCGUUUUAUUUGUUUGUUAUACUUUGUAGUUGCCCUUUUUUGGCAAUCUAAAAGUAAAACGGACACGCUUUCUUUCAAACUCAGAGAAGGCAAAACCUUCUAUCAUCGCUAUAACGAAAUGAAAACUAUUUCAAACUCCCUCAAGUCUUGACACGUAAUUCAUGUUAUUCAAAAUAUUUAAAAUGUAUACCCAAUUCCAUUUAAACACACUGGACACUAAUGGUAACUGUCAAGACCAGUCUUCUCACUUAGUGAACAAGAUAACUCAACUGCACAUAUAACAAACUAGUGAAAACUUGAACUCAAUUGGUCGUCGAAGUUGCGAGAUAUUAUAAUAGAAGAAAAACACUAUUGUCAC